AUGGAGGCUUUUACAUGGUGUAAGGAAUUGUGGACGCCUAAAACCUUCAACAAGUUCAGUUUUCUAGUGAAUGUUCUUUGGAUCGCAGUUGGGAUAGCACUGUUUGGAGUGUUUCUGGACAUGGAAAUCAACGAACCGAGGUUUGACUUCCGCUGUGAUGUGAACAAGAAUGCUAAAGUCGACAAGGACUUCGUUAGACAGAAGUGUUUCGUGGAAUACGAAAAGCUACACAACAAGCUGUCUGUUCCUCUUUACAGUUUUGUGACUGUUAACUUCUCUCUUCCUUUUAUUGUUUGUGUGAUAUAUUCAAAACUUGCGACACCAAGAGUAAAUAAACUUGAAAGCAGAAAUACAGAUGUUGAAGGACAAGAUCAUCAAGCCAACGCAACUCAAAGAAAACUCUUCAUACAGUACUGUUGUCAACUUGCCACUAGAUUUUGUCUCGGGAUUGUUUUUAUCCUCCUUUUAUUAUAUGAAGUAUUUUUUCCUCGUGAAUUUCCGUCAAACUUUAAGUGUAACUUGAUGAGAGAAGUCAAUCAAACCGCAGCGAAUGCAACUGGGAACACAAAAACUCCAUCUUAUGAAUGCAUUAACCAGCGAGCUCAUAAGAAAACCUCUUGGAUGUAUGCUGUAAGUGGGGCGAAUGGAAUCCUUGCAGCUUUUCUUUUGAUUGAGUUUUCCAUUAUUUUUUUGCGUGCAAAGAAAGGGGGGAAACAGUUCAUGGAUGACUCACAGUUUUAUACUGAUCAUCUUAAAUCGAAUUAUGACCCCCAAAAUUCACAUCAAGAAAUACCUGUGUUGACUAUACCACAACAAGAAUUGCAAGAGACACAGGGGAAAGGAAAUCACGAAACAUCGGAACAAUUACAGCGGGAACAUUUAACUCUGUUGCAAACUUCUAUCACGUGCAUGAAGGAAAGUGUCUUAAAGAACACCGAGCGACUUAGAGAUCUCUCAUCACCCUUCAAACCAAACCCGGGUGAAGGCGAUAAACCUAAAGAUUUUAAACUGGAUCAAAUGUAUACUAAUUUAAUUAUUUAUCCUGGAAGAGCCGAUUAUCACUUUCCUGAAAACAGGCGAGAACAGCUAAAAGUGUAUCCCAAACCAGAGAAACAUUUACCACCAAAAAGACCCGGAGACAUUGUUGAUGAUCAGCACAAGAAUAUUCUUAUUGUUGGUCGCCCUGGAAUCGGUAAGACAUUGUUUAGCACGAAGUUUAUGCGCGAUUGGGCAAGCGACCGCUUAUUCGAUGAAACGCAAAAUUCAGAAUUACGAUUUGACGUUGCUUUCCUCGUUAAAUUUAGGAGACUGAACUCUACUGCAGAGCUUAAUCUUCGAGAGCUUUUGGAUAAAUCAGAAUUUUCAACAAAUAUGAAUGAUGUGGUAUGGAACUACAUUCGUGAAAACCCAAGCAGAGUACUUUUUAUUUUCGAUGGCAUUGACGAAUUCUCUGCAAGGAAAAAUAUACAAGAAGAUGACUCUAUUUAUAAAGACACUGCGGAAGAAAAAAUGCCUUUGCAUGCAUUGUACACGAAGAUUACGUCGGGAAAACUUCUUGAUGGAGUCACAGUUUUAACGACUAUAAGACCUACUGCUGUAUCGUGCGUAAGAGAUCUUAAAUUUAGCAGAGUAGUUGAAAUUCUUGGAUUUUCACCAAGGCAAGUGAAAAACUAUGUGGAGAAGUACACAGGCGAUGACAAAGGUGCAGGAGAAACCAUAUGGCAACAUAUCAGCAACAACCUUAACCUCUUCUCGUUGUGCUAUAUACCUGUUAACUGUUUCAUCAUUUGUUCGUGCCUUCUGUACAUGCUGCAGAGUUUUCAUUCCAAUUCCAUUCAUGGUUUAACUAGCCUACCAACUAAGCUAACCAAUAUAUACAGCUUCGCCGUAAAGCUUAUGUUCUUCAGGCACAGUGAGAGAUACCGCAAUAAAACUGAUGUUCAGGACGAAAUUUUCAAAAAAUUUGAUGAGCUGGCUGAAGACGUGAAAGGCGAUUUUAAGAAACUGGGAACAGUUGCUUUUAAAGGAAUUAAAGAAGGAAGAUUAACCUUUGAAUCUGACGAAGUUACGAACCUAGAGGAUUGUGGCCUACUUCAUCGCUUGCCUGAUUUAAAACCAGAGGUGAAGCGACCAUUUGAAAAACCAAAAGCUCAAUACUGCUUCCAGCAUCUGACCAUCCAAGAGUUUUUCGCAGCAAAGCAUGUGACAGACAACAUGGGAGAAGCCGAAUUGCGAGAAUUUGUUUCAAGUCACAUCGCGGACGGUGCAUGGCAAGUGGUGUUGCAGUUUGUGGCUGGGCUUCUUAGUGAGCGAGAUGAACCGGCUCUGACCGAUAUUUUCACGAACCUUCUGCCAGUGUCGACAUAUGAGAAAGAAGACCAGGAGCUGGACCCAAGCAUAUUAACCUGUUGGCUAAGUAAGGAAGACGCAAAUUUAGCGUUGACGUUAUGUCACUGUUUAUAUGAGAUUGACGCAGAUGAUUCAGCUGUGCAAAACAAAGUAAGAGAGAUUGGUUUUAAUGCUGUAGUGUUUGAAGACUGUCAAAUAGGACCUGUUGAUUGUACUGCAAUAGUCAAUUUUCUUAAAAAGCAGAACGAAAUUUUAAUGAUUAACUUGAGAGAUAACAAGAUUGGCUGCCUGGGAUGUAAAGAAAUAUGCAAGGUUUUCAGUGAUGGUAACUGCAAACUUAGCAGCUUAGGGCUCGGUCGUAACAUUGCAACCGAUGAAGGAGUAGAGUACUUGGCUGAAGCAUUAAAGCACAGUAAUUGCAAAUUACACAGCUUAGACCUAAGCGGAAAUUAUUUAACCAAUGAAGUAGUAAAGUAUUUGGCUGAAGCUUUGAAUUACAGUAAUUGCAAACUAAACAGCUUAAACCUCACUGGAAACUAUUUAACCAAUGAAGGAGUAAAGUAUUUGGCUGAAGCUUUGAAGGACAGUAAUUGCGAACUAAACAGCUUAAACCUGACCGGAAACUAUUUAACAGAUGAAGGAGUAAAGUAUUUGGCUGAAGGUUUGAAGGACAGUAAUUGCAAACUAAACAGCUUAAACAUCACCAAAAGCAAUUUAACCAAUGAAGGAGUAAACUGUUUGGCUGAAGCCUUGAAGGACAGUAAUUGCAGUACGUUAAACAGUUUAAACCUUACCUAUAACAAAUUUACCGAUGAAGGAGCAAAGUGUUUGGCUGAAGCUUUAAAGAAUAGUAAUUGCAAACUAAACAGCUUAGACAUCAGUCAAAACAAUGUAACAGAUAAAGGUGUAAAGUAUUUGGCUGAAGCUUUGAAGGACAGUAAUAGCAAAUUAAACAGCUUAAACCUCACCGUAAACAAUUCAACCAAUGAGGGAGUAAAGUAUUUGGCUGAAGCUUUGAAGGACAGUAAUUGCAAACUAAACAGCUUAUCCCUCACCAAAAGCAAUUUAACCAAUGAAGGAGUAAAGUAUUUGGCUGAAGCUUUGAAGGACAGUAAUUGCAGGUUUAACAGUUUAAACCUCACUUAUAACAAAUUUACCGAUGAAGGAGCAAAGUUUUUGGCUGAAGCUUUGAAAGAUAGUAAUUGCAAACUAAACAGCUUAGAUCUAGCCGAAAACAAUUUAACCAAUGAAGGAGUAAAGUAUUUGGCUGAAGCGUUAAAGGACAGUAAAUGCAAACUAAAC